CUAAACUUUCUUUAGCUCCAGUUGUGUGAGUCAUUCUAGAACAAAACAUCUCUGUGGUUCUUUUCGUGGCUGGGGGUGAAUUAUCAAUUGAAAAGAGCAACUACUACUGUUAGCACUGCAAUUUUACGAUAGAAAACGCAAACACUGAAAGUUAAUGGCGGGAAGUCGAGCUGCUUCGGCCGGCAGAUUUCCCGAUUCGACAUGGCGGCCGGGAACUCCGAGCCUUUAUCACGACAAAUGUGCUCCUCAGAAAGAAAGAGUCAAAUCUGCUCCUCCACGAACUUACUCUCAACGAGAAUACGCUAAGUGUGAUGUUGUUCGAAAUGACGAGAUCUGGAAAAAUCGAUGCAAGAAUGAAGGCAAAAUGACGAGAAAAUGGGAAGAAAACUGGGGUUUUCUCAAAGACUAUGACCCAAAGGGGAGACUCAAACCAAAGCAAGAACUUCCCGAAAAAGUGAGUGUCUACUCAGACAAGGUGCCAAACACAACAAGUCGACAAUUUGGACACAGAGCAAAGAGUGCGCCAGCAAGGACAAUGCAAAAAUUUGAACGGCUUAUGAACUAUAGAGUAAAGUCGAACAAGGAGUUGAUGUGCUAUGACUAAUGCUUUACAUGUAAAGAGUUCACAGACAAGCCCAGCUGGUUGCCCAAAGGAUAGAUGAUGCUAUGGACUAGAUAAAUCACUACCUACCAACAAGACCAAAAACACCCUGGGGUACUCCCAUAUGAAAAGCACAGGGUGAUUGUCAUACUGUUCACAGGUUAAAAAAGCAGGUUUGGUCCCUCUUGGGGCGUUCAGCUUCAAAGACUCCACAGCGGAAGCUUUUGCCGUACCUUUUAGGGUAUUGAGCCUAAAAAAUAUGACAAUGAGAUAAUGUGUUGUUGUAGAAGUGGUACGUCUUCAAGGGUGGAAACAAUUUCCUCACACACCCACGAAGCAGGAUCUUGAUACCUCUUAGAGGUACGUUUCAAAAUUUCUGAUGAACACCCCCAUCCUUUUGAUAAAGGAGUCUCCCCCCCCCCCUCCCUACCCUGGGGUGUCAUCCACUCUUUGAACAACCAGUGUUAUGAACUAAAUAAAUGUUGGGUACUGCAUAUGUGCAGAUUAGUAUAGAGUGUAAAUAAGUAAGCCUAAAAUGAAUUUUUGCCCUAACAAUAACUAUAUGUUGUUUGCGAUAUAUUCAUCAAUUAAAAAAAAUGUGAAGUAUUUGCUUCAAAUAGGUGUAGAAAUAAAUAUUCGAGCUAUGUAUACUAAAGUAUACUUAUAAGUUUAUGUACAUGCAAAGGUACUUGUAAUAUGCAUUAGUCAUUCUAACAUAAAAAAGUUUUUGAGUGGAAAACUUUAAUAAGGAAUUGAAUAGUAGAUAUAUGUGGAGUGGAACAGAAAGAGGAUUACAACGUGAUUGAUUUGAAAGACUGCAAAGAGUCUCUAGGUAUGUAGAUUGUUGUAGUAAUCAUUCCAGUGAGUGACUGUGAGACGAUCAAGUACUGCAGCACUCCCUGUCAUAUAGUUGCCAUAAAAUAUUGAGAAUUAGACCAGAAUAUUCAGUCGUAAGUCAUUUCACGCCGACAUGCAACACUUAUUGCACAGAGCCAUGUAACUGUAUAACAUCACAUGACUUUUUUCUCAUCUUGACAUCUCAUGUACUCUUUUUCUUAUUCAUAACUGAAUAGUUAGACAGUCCCUGUUGACCAUUCGUGUAAGUCUGUCUAAGCACAACAUGUCUAAAAUUAUGCAGAAGUAGAAGUUUAUAAGUUGUAGACAAUACUGCUAUGACAAGCUGACUGAUACAGUUAGUCUUGUCAUAACUGUUGAACAAUGCUUUAGGUGUAAAUAAAACGAUAGUUCCCUUUCA